ACAUCAGUUUUGUUUUCUGUUAGGCUCCUAUUAUUUUCUGCCUGUCUCUGCGUUGUACCUUUUAUUUUUGCUAAGGAUGGCGUUGUUUUUUGUGUUGUUUUUUGUGUUGUUUUUGUCCCUAGCUGCCGUAAUAGAUGGAAACAAUGAAACUUUACUAGAAAAAUUGUCCGGAUUUGUUGCAGAUGUCAACACCGCCUAUGCCGUGACGGAGAGCUUCAAUGACACCAUCGGCAGUCACUUUGUAACCGAAAUGAUCAUUCAAAAUCAAGUCGAAGAGAAACAAAUGAAAGCUGGUGCAAAGGAAAUUGCGGAAACCAUUGUGCAACUGCCGAAUAUACAAACUCUUCCAGAGUACAUUGCCACGUCGAUGGACAAAUUAAAGCAUUUUGCUGAGCAGUUUCUUGGUACUGAACAAAUGAAGAUGCCUGGUUAUGAUCACAUGAACAAAAUAUAUUCUGCAAUUAAGGAACUGAUGCAUGAACUAGUCAAUACUGAACAACUUUUGAUAACCGAUAUUUCAUCAUUGACAACGCAACAGUGCUUAAUGUUCAUGGGUGAAGACUAUAAUCGAUUUAAUGAGGCUAUAGACCUUCUGUUGGCUAAUUUAGAAGACGUGGAGAAUCCAGUCGGAGACGAGUCAUUGAGAGAAAUUGGUGACGAAAUUGACAAAAUGCUGAGUGAUUCAGACCAAGCGAAAUCGCUGCGAAUUCAACACCAGUUAUUUUACAUGGAAAAGAUGAAAUCUACUAUGGAGACUGUAACUUGUGAAUCAGAGAAUGGCCGGCGAGGCAGUCCACGUGAAGCAAAACGUCGGUUCAUUCGUGCUGUUGAAUCGAGAAGAUGUGGUUCACUGCAUUCAUAUCUUGAGAGAAAUGGCCAUGUUGCCGGCGACAUGGUUUUAAAAAUGCAGCGUGCUAUCAAUGUAAUGCAAAGAACUACAAUGGUUUCAUAUGAUGACCAGUUACUGGUAUCGAUUGGUAAACUAACGGACAAAGUUAGAGACUGGAAAAGUAAUCUGAAUCUGAAGAUGCAAUUUGACUCGUUGAUUGAGGAUUGCCAAUCUGCCAUGUGA